CCACUAUGCAACAGCUGUUGAUUGUAGAUGAUUUUUUAUUGCCUCUUUUACAAAAUUAUCUCAAAAUUAAGGAUAUACCGUUUGUCAUGAUCGGUGUAGUGUUUGUUUGGACUUACGUGGUAACCGCUUCUCUAAGCGUUAUUUCACAAUCUGUCGGGCUAAAGAAUGGUUACGACAAUAGCGAACCAAGACUUUAUAAAGCGUCUCUUAGAGGUGCAUUAGCUAGAAUGGUGGCCGCACAUCAGGUCGCUUUGGAAAAUGCACCGG